UCCUGAACUCUUGACUCAGAAGCACACUGGUGUUUGGUUGGAGUAGCUGGUGUGUGGGGACUUGUGGAUGUGUGAGUGCUUUGCAUGCACAGUCCAGCUGGAGGGUUUGUGAGGACACAGCAAGUGCAGCUGCAGCAGUCAUGGCUGCGUGGUUCCUAAUUGCAAGGUUUUUACUGCUUUAUGUUUUGAGUGAUGUAGACUACUCCUCAGCUUUUCCAAGAGCCACAAGUCCUGUGCAGCCUAGAGUAUGGCAGGGUGGAAGAGGGGAACACGAUGUGUAUGGAAACCCUCGUCCUUUCCAGUACAUGAGGGCUCUGAGGCCGACGGAUCCAAAGAUCUACCCUAAUGUGCGUGAUCGGGUCCAAGUCGAAUCCCCGAGAUCGUAUCAGCCACGCUCUAAUAUUCCCACCCACAGAUCCAUGGAAACAUCUCCGCUCCAGCCUCGAGCACACAGAAACCACCUUGUGGCCAAGCCCAGGAGCUUUGACUUAGCCCUGAGGAUCCCUUUUGCUCAUUCUCGUGAUGGUGCUAAUCCUCCUCGGUACGGACCGAGUGGCCUUAUUAUUGACAACAGUUUUAAUAAUCCCCGCAGACAGCAUGGCCAUGAUGCUUCCAAGCUGGGCUACCAGUUCAGCUUAUCUGUUCCCUUUUCACGUGGUUCUCCACGCCACCCAGGUGGCCACAAACAUCACGGUGGACAUCAACACAGGCCUGAGGAAGACUAUUUGGGUCAUCAAAGAGGGCCGGUUCAUGUGCCAGUUCGUCCAAGGCCAUACCCCGACGAGCAUCAUCGUGAGCAUGAUCGCGAGCAUCGUGAUGAAGGCCGCCCUGGGCGGGAGUUUGCAUUUCCAGAGCCAGAUGGACCAGAACACCCAUCAUGGCUGCGCCAUCCUCAAAGAUAUGUCGACCCUUACAGUGGAUACUACAACUCCCAGAUGAAGCCUACGUGGAAUGACUACUGGUGGCAUUACCGUGGACCUCACUGGGGUCAUGUAAAGCAUCCAUCUUCUGACCCUUGGCCAAAUUUCCAUCGGUCAGCUUCAGACUGACAUGGAUGGAAGAGACAAGCCAAACUCGCAGGGCACAGCUUUACAGUGCAACAAGGAUGAUCUCCUGUAUUUAUCUGAAAUAAAGUGUGAAAGCUCUCCUGCA